CAGAUACAUUACAUUAUACAUUAUACAGGGGGUUUAUGUUGUCUUCUUCACAACUGAUAAAAUAUAAAAGUUGGACUGCACAGGUAAUAUAGAAGUUCGACGAAUAAUUGCAGAGGUAAAAAUAUAAGUUAAACGAAAACUUUCAUAGGUUAUAUAGAAUGUGAACGAAGAACUUGAUAUGGAAGUUUGGCGAAGAAUUUCUCAAAUAAUAUAGAAGUUGGCCGCAGAAUUUCACAUGUAAUAUAGAAGUUUGAGGAAGAACUGCACCGGCAUUAUAGAAGUUUGACGAAGAAUUGCACAGGUAUUACAGAAGUUUGGCGGAGAAUUGCACAUGUAAUAAAAACGUUGGACAAAGAAUUGCACCGGCUUUAUAGAAGUUUGACGAAGAAUUGCACAGAGAUACAGAUCAAUUGAAACAUGGCGGAUAGUAAGGACGUGUGUGUAACGUUAAUUGUCUUAAUGUGUUUGAUUCCGGCAAUGGCGAAAGUGAUAAUAGGAGCUGUAUACAUGGAUGACUGCCCAUAUGAAAACAAAGUACCGUUGCCGAGGUAUCUGAUAGUUUCGGGCGCCAUGAGUGCCUCCGUUCUCGCGAUCUUCCAAUUGAAAAGUAAAUGUCUUCAAGUAAUAGGCAUAGUUGGAGUGUUGUUUUCUAUCGCAUGGAAUAUGUGUGGUUGUGUAUGGUUAUACAGCAGCUAUGCUACGAUAAUGCAAGGUUUCCCCGGCACGCAGAAUUGCAAUUCAACUGCUCUUCUGUCUUUAUGUCCCAGUGUCUCAAACUGCAGCAGUUUACAAAGUGUAGCAGUGUGUCCAGAGAUUGAAAGUUUUAGUCCAGAAUCACGAUUAGCAGCAUGCAAAGGACAAGACAAAUGUUGCGACAAAACAUUUCUUAAAUUCGCUUUCUCCAUGUCAAUUUUAGACUGGUCUGGUUUAUUGUCCUUCGCUUUAUAUGUGUGCAUCAAAAUAGUUAGAGGAGAGCCUAUACUGAUUGAUAUUUAUAACACUUCCUCGGGACGUAGUGGAUAUACACAAAUAAACGGAGAACAUACAGCAGAAAACAAUUAAAGCCCUUUGAAGGAUAUACAACAGUAAACAAUUAACGCGACUUGGUCACUAUACAGAUAAAACAAUUACCUUUUAUGUCAAAUAAUAUCAAGGCUCCGUUUCACAUUUAACGUUUCUUAUAAGAUGGAGAUUGUAAAUUGUUUGAAGACAUUUAAGAUUUGAAGCACUUGCAAAAUGUUUCAUUGUAAAAUAGUUUAUUAAGACAGAGUGUGCACGCAAUUAACACAUAGGCAACUGGGCCUAUCCAUUUCUAUGUAAUUGUUAAUCUGUUAGUAAAAUCUGUACAAAAGUU